AUGCUCAAUGAGCUUGUUCCUUGUCUUACUUUUCACAGUAUAGCAACAUAUACCUCACAACUGCCAUCAGCCACAGUGAAUCACCUUAUUUCUUCAGCUUUAAAAGUUUGGAGUGAUGUUAGUCCAUUAACAUUUAUCCCAUCCAGCACUGGAAAGGCUGAUAUAAUGAUCAGAUUUGCAAGAAGAGCGCAUGGAGACUCUCAGCCAUUUGAUGGCCCAGGAGGCACUGUGGCUCAUGCAUUUGGACCUGGAGUAGGAAUUGGAGGUGAUGCUCAUUUUGAUGGAGAUGAAAAGUGGUCAGCAGAACAUAAUGGUAUUAACUUGUACCUUGUUGCUGCUCAUGAGUUUGGCCACUCAUUAGGGCUCCCCCAUUCAAGAAAUCCAGCUUCACUGAUGUAUCCAACAUACCAAAAACGCAGGCUACAGGGAUCUCCUCUCUCCUUUGAGGAUGUACAUAGGAUUCAAACACUGUAUGGUAUGGAUAUAUAUAUUAGGCUCCAUAUGUCAUGCAUUCAGAUAAUGUUGCAUUGCCAAUAUCUGCUAAAAAUGUGGAUUAAGGAUUUAUCAACAUCAGAAGUGAAAGAAGGAUUUAUCAAAAAUUUCUUAUCACAAAUUAAAGCAAAUAUCUCUGCUGCUUAUGAAGUGUCUUCGAAGAAAACUAUGUACAUUUUCCAAGCAACCUUCUUGCAUUCUUAUUUGUACCUUAGUUAUGAUGAAUCUACACAUACUAUGGAUAAGGACUAUCCCAAGAACAUUUCAUAUGCUUUCCCAGGAAUAAGUGGCAAAGUAGAUGCAGCAUUUGAGAUGACUGGUUUCCUGCACUUCGUUAUUGACUCCAAAUCAUACAAGUACGACUACAAAUCCCACAUCAUUGUGGAUGUCAUUGAUGUGGGCACCUGGUUGGGAUGCUAG